AUGGCACCGAAGAAUCGUGGUGGUCGCACAGCUUGGGUGGAAGAUGUACAAGCGCGAGACGACGAUGCCCGGGUAGAGGCAGCGUUGCUUCGGUGCCAAGUAACAGAGUUGACCUGCGAGUUGGAGCGAUUGCGCACCGCGUCUCAACGCACCAACAACGUCGAGGAGUUCGGCAACGACGUCGAAGAGGCUGAUGGCGUUCACUCAUCUUCAUUUGAAGAUCUUCGCCAUGUGAGUGGUAGGGGCCGGGGUCCCCGAGCACGAUCCUUGCGGCCUUUGCAGCCCCAACCCGAGCGGGAACCGGACUGGAAUCGCAAGUUGAAGGGUGAUAUACUAGAUUUCACGGGUAAGGAAACACCUGACGAAGUGGUGGAUUGGUUAUCUCUCGUCAACGAAGUAUUUGAACAUUGCGAAGUUCCAGAGAACAAGCGCGUAGGCCUUAUAGUGAUGCGAUUGCGUGGUAAGGCCAUUGCGUGGUGGCACCGAGAAAAGCAGACCCGCCACAGUGAAGGGAAGGCUCCUAUUACCCAAUGGCGUCGAUUAGAGGAGAAACUUCGCAAACAUUUUCUCCAUAAUCACUACAAGAGAGAGUUGUAUCAGCGAUACCAGAACUUACGUCAAGACAACCGCACUGUGGACGAGUAUACCAGCGAGUUCAAUGAGCUGUUGACUCACAACAACACUGGGGAGUCGGAAGACAUGCUGGUUAGUAAAUAUCUGGGUGGUCUGCAACCCCAAAUUCAGAAGGUUCUAGAGGUUCUUGACAUCUGGGAUCUGGGUGAUGCACAUCAGCGUGCAACCAAGGUUGAGAAAUCGCAACAAAGGAAGCAGCCCUCCACCGCAUCCAACCCAUGUUUUGCAACCAAGGGCAGCACCCCCUCUCUCCCUGCGCAACAACCGUCGUCUACUACCCGGUGCUACGCAUGUGGUGAGUUGGGUCACCAUGCUACUAACUACCGCGCAGUCAAAAAUCGGCUGGCUGGAAAGGGGUUGCUACUGGAGAUUGACCCUGAUGACUAUGGCGAUGGCAAUGUUGGCGACCAUUUUGAGGACCUGCUUUAUGACAGCUCAAGGGUUCUCGAAGGGGAGGAAGUGCUCCACGCAGAUGUUGGUGAAUUCCUAAUGAUGAGGAAGAUUUUUCUCACUCCACGACAUGACCAAGGCGAUCACUGGCUUCACAACAAUAUUUUUCAUUCGGCUUGCACGGUCGCAGGCAAGGUGUGUCAGUUAAUAAUUGACUCAGGGUGUUGUGAGAAUGUGAUUUCAGAGGCAGCAGUCAAGAAGUUGCAGCUAGAGCAGCAAGAUCAUCCUCACCCCUACAAAAUGACAUGGCUGAAAAAGGGUAUAGAGGUAAUAGUAUCGAAAUGCUGCCUUGUGACGCUUUCCAUUGCUUCUACCUAUUUUGAUAAGAUUUGGUGUGACGUUCUCCCUAUGGAUGCUAGCCAUAUUAUUCUUGGUCGCCCUUGGCAGUUUGACAGUAAGACCUUGCAUGAUGGUUACAAGAAUACUUAUUCUUUUAUUUAUAAUGGCAAGAAGAUGGUGUUAGCCCCAUCCAAGGACCCAAUCAAGACUUCAAUGGCUGAUUUGGGUUCGGCAAAUUUACUUACACUGAGAGACCUGCGCAGUGCUAUAACUGAUGUGGAUGUAGUAUAUGUUUUAUUGCAUAAAUCAGCAGAAGGGAACACUCCCACUAUUCCUGACAGGGUGAAACCUCUACUAGCUGAGUUUCAUGAUGUUUUUCCUACUGACCUACUUAUCGGUCUUCCCCCCAUGCGGGACAUCCAACAUCAGAUCGAUUUGAUCCCUGGUGCACCAGUGUCGAAUUUACCUCAUUACCGGAUGAGCUCGGCUGAGCAUGCGGAGUUGCACCGCCAGGUACCUGAGUUGAUGAGUCGAGAUAGCAGGGCAAUCAAUAAAAUCACUGUCAAGUACCGUUUCCCUAUCCCCCGCCUUGACGAUCUCCUGGACCAACUCACAGGUGCUACCAUUUUUUCGAAGUUGGCUUUAAAGAGUGGGUAUCACCAGAUCCGGAUUCAUCUUGGGGAUGAGUGGAAGACUGCGUUUAAGACGCGUGAUGGUUUAUUUGAAUGGCUGGUUAUGCCCUUCGGGCUAUCCAAUGCCCCUUCUACAUUUAUGAGAUUUAUGACCCAAAUCUUGAAGCCAUUUUUGGGGCAUUUUGCGGUGGUUUAUUUUGACGACAUACUAAUUUUUAGUAAGACAAUUGAGCAGCAUAUGCAGCACCUGACGGCCAUUUUAUUUGUCUUACGAAAGGAGUGUUUAUUUGCAGCAGCCGAGAAGUGUUAUUUUAUGGUACCCAAAAUUUUAUUUUUGGGAUUUGUUAUUUCUGGUGAAGGUAUUAUGGUAGAUGAUGCAAAAAUUCAGGUGAUCAAGGACUGGCCUACGCCCACUUCUAUUUUUUAUGUUCAUAGUUUCCAUGGGCUUGAAUCUUUUUAUCGCCGCUUUAUUGCUCAUUUUAGUUCUAUUGCUGCCCCAUUGACUGCUUGCAUGAAAAAGGGGGUGUUUGAGUGGACCGAUGUAGCCCAACAGAGUUUUGAUCUCUUGAAGGAAAAGCUUACUGCAGCCCCAUUACUUGCCCUACCGAAUUUUGAUCUUGUGUUUGAAGUUCAUUAUGAUGCUUCAGGUACAGGUAUCGGUGCAGUUCUUAGUCAAGGUGGGCGUCCUGUUGCAUUUCUUAGUGAAAAACUCAGUGGUGCUAAGUUGCGCUACAGUACUUAUGAUCUGGAAUUCUAUGUUCUUGUGCGCACUCUUGAGCAUUGGCGUUCCUACCUGUUGCAUCGAGAAUUUGUUCUCUACACUGAUCACGAAGCAUUGAAGCACCUUGCAGGCCAGCACAAGCUCAAUUCUAGGCGUGCUAAGUGGGCUGAGUUCCUACAAGAGUUCACCUUCCACAUCAAACACAAGGCUGGUUCUCAAAACCAAGUAGCGGAAGCCCUUAGUCGGAAACGCAGCCUCCUUUCCACAAUGUGCACGACCACUUUGGGGUUCGAUUCUUUUCACGAACUUUAUAAAGAUGACCUCUAUUUCUCCAGAUUUGUGGAUGAGGCACAGGUUACAGGUGGUACGGUCUAUAAUUUUGUGGAUGGAUUUUUAUUCAAGGGUACUCGGUUGUGCAUACCGGACUGCUCCCUCCGCUUGAACAUCAUUGCAAAUGCUCAUAAUGAAGGACAUUUUGGCCGUGACAAGACCUUGCAGUUGGUGGCGUCACGAUAUUUUUGA